AUGCCGAUCGCUUCCUCGUCCUCCGCCGCCGCCGCGAGUGGUGUCGCUCCUGCCAAAUCGCUAUCGGUGAGCCCCGACCUCCUACAGAACUUCCUCCAGUAUUUCGAGGAGCAGUCGGGCACCAUGAACGACUACAGGAACAAGCUGGAGGAUUUUAAGGCGGAAAUCAUUCGGGUGGGCCUUGACAACGGUCAGGCACCACAGGUUCUCAUUCCCUGGGUAUCCGAGCAGGUGAACGUCAUCGGGAGGGUCGUGGAGGAGAUCUUCAAUAUCGGCUAUCACUUCAAGAUGGUACCGACCAUCGCCGCUGUUCCCAAUGUUCCUAGUGCUCCGGUUGGCAAUCCGGCGCUGGGACCAGAUACUCUGCCAAUCGACGACGAGACGAUCCUCGAGGAGCUAGUUGUGGCAAUGCAGAAUGGCAAUAACCCCUACGACAUGCCGGAUACUGCGCCGCUGAAGCACUGGGUCGAGGACAUGGAUCCCGACCAGAUGGACCUGAUAGCGGAGAAUUUUCUGGCGAGUCAUUUCUUAUGUUCCUUCUAUAUCCUGCACGGCAACAAGAGCGAUGACGAGGUUCUGGAUGGGUACGCCUUCCAGCAACGAUACGAGUCGAUCAUCGAAGUGCUAAACAAAUGCAAGGGCUCCGUGUACCGCAUGAGUCGGCCUAGCACUAUGGACGAGAUCGUUCAAAACCCUAAGAAGAUGAGGCAACGGUUCAUAGACAACCAAAUCAACAACGCGAAGAAGAAGAAGGAUUCCAAGGAGUUGAAGCGGUUGAGGGCCAUGUGGGCAGAGGUCAAGGAGCGCGAGCGAGAUCAGCCCACCGUGCCAGAUAUCGACGGAGACAGUGACGGGGAGGUCGAAGCUCCUCCGAGAAAGCGGAAGCGUACCGACAAAGGCAAAGGGAAAGCCAAGGCCCCCAUCAUUAAUACUCCCAAGGAACCGGCGCUCGCGAGCCCCGGACUGUACACGCCUCCCCAGGAGCAGCUAUUCCAGCCUGCUACGCAGCACACGCAAGCUCCCGCCAACGACGAUUACUAUGAUCUCCAGCCGUUCUGGAACGAGAUCACCCGGAACCCACACCAAGUCGACUAUGAUUCUGGGAGUUCGUCGAGCGCUGCGGCUGGAGCAGCAGUCCCAGACUACGGCGUCGCCAGCGGUUCAGGAUCAAACAACGGCAACGCGGACUGCUAUCUAGUCCAAGGCAGUAACGAGAUCCAGCCCGAGCCUCUCAGUUACGAGGAGGAACCGAUAGACUGGAACGAGUUUGUCGAUUACGAGAAUUGA